ACCACGAGUAAACUUCACUUCCUUUCCCUUGGUUCCCUUCCCCAACCUAACCCCACCCAGAACUAGUACAAAACAAACCACCACCGCGGCCACCGCCACCGCCGCCGCCAACCACCACACAAAAGGCAACAAUUCAACAAAAAUGCACAGGGACGUGACGGGGAUGAACACAUACAACUACGGUGAGGCUCUUUACUGGGACGCCCGCUACAUCCAAGAGGCCGCCGCUGGUUCCUUCGACUGGUACCAGCGUUACUCAGCCCUACGACCCUUUGUUCGUAAAUACGUCCCCACAUCUUCGCGCAUUCUUAUGGUCGGCUGUGGAAAUGCCGUUAUGUCAGAGGACAUGGUUAAGGAUGGGUAUGAAGAAAUAAUAAACAUCGACAUUUCAUCAGUGGCUAUUGACAUGAUGAGAAGGAAGUAUGAGCACCUUCCUCAGCUUGAAUACAUGCAAAUGGAUGUGAGGGAUAUGAGCUUCUUUGUGGAUGAAUCAUUCGAUAGUGUCAUUGAUAAAGGAACUCUUGAUUCAUUGAUGUGCGGUGCUGGUGCUCCAAUUAGUGCUGCUCAAAUGCUGGGCGAAGUGAGCAGGCUUCUCAAACCGGGAGGAAUCUAUAUGUUGGUAACCAUACACUUGAAGAUCAAGCUUGUUCUUCAACUUUUCCCUUUAAAUUUUUUACAGCUCAAAUGUCAUGACAUGCCAAAUUGCUAUUUAUAGAUAACUUAUGGCGAUCCUACAGUAAGGAUUCCUCAUUUAAGGCGGCCGGCAUACAAUUGGAAAAUUGAAUUAUACAUUAUACCUAAACCUGGAUUUCAAAGGCCUGCAGGUUCUGCUUCAUCUGGAAAAUCAUGCUUGGAACCUGUUCCUACCACUGAUAAGGGCCUUAUUCAUCCAGAUUAUGUUUUGGAAGAUCCAGAUUCUCACUUCAUAUACGUCUGUAAAAAGAUGGAUGAAGCAACUGAUUUACCCCACACCAGCAAUCCAUUCACAGAUGAUAUUUCAUAGAAAACUUACAAGGAGAGGUAGGAGAAUUGAUCCCUGGGUUUCUAAGCUUCAGCAAUCAUUAUAAUCAUUCUAUGAUUAUUGCAGCUUGUGCAACCCAACUAUUUUUUAGGUAUCCUUGCAUGGUAUGACCUUCGAUCACCAGGAAAAAACUAAACAAACGAAUCCAACGUUGAAAUACUAGUUAAAAUAAGUACCUCUUUUUAUAUUCUGUUGUCUGUAUCAUUGGAAGUGUUUGGAGUGUUUCAGAAAUGAAAAUAAACAUUUUGUUAUGUCAAAUUGAUUCCUGGUGUUGGUUGCUGCAUUUUGUUAGUGUUUGAAGGUAAAAUUGGUACAGGUUACUGCAUUUUGUGUUUGAAGGAAGGUGAAAUACGAAAUAAUAUAUUAUACAUGGA